UAUAAUUAUUUUAUUAUGCAGAGGCUCUUGAAACCAAUUAAGAUAUAACAGCCUGUCUUAUAAAAAAUCGAAAAUGCAAGAUCAGAUUGUUCAACGGAUGAAGAUCUUAGUUUUAUAGAAACUUUAAGGGCCGACGCUCAAAACCCUAUGAUAAAAAAUUUCUCACAGGAAGACUCUAUUGUAGAUGCCACAAAGGAUUUGGAAGAUUUCCUUAAUUCUCUUGAUUGAAAUCUAUUAAGUAAGAGGAAGGCGACAAUUAGUGCAAACCUCUUUUUCGAUUGAUUAUAAUACAUAAACUUUUAAUCAUAAACAUCAC